AUGUUCUCUCGUGCCCUCAUCACCCUCUCCUUCAUGACCGCCGCCUUCGCCGUCCCCACCACCGAUCUCUCAGGUCGUGAGAAUUCGCCCAACGACGCGGACCUCCUCGCGUCCUGCCCCGGCGGCCCCGGCUCCUCCAACGUCGAGCGCGCCGACCGCUGUACCCUGAUCAACAUCGUCAACAACCCCGACACACGCGUCUACAAGGCGCUCGGCGACCCCCAGCUCAACUGCGGCGGCGGCACCGACGAGGUCAAAGUCACCCUCGGCGGCUCGACCGAGGUCUCGCAGACCGUCACCGUCUCCGCCAACCUCGGCAUCAACGUCGAGGGCAUCUCCGUCGGCGGCGGCAUCUCCACCACCGACACCUCGACCGAGACGCAGUCCAAGACCGUCGAGUACUCGAUCCCGCCCGGCCGCCAGGCCGUCUUCGUCACCGGGAUCGAUCACAGGUCCCAGACGGGGAACGUCAAGGUCAACUACGGCGACCGCCAGUUCGACCACUUCAUCUGGUUCACCGGGACGACUAUCACGCAGCUGACGCCGACGGACGACGUCGUGUUCGACGUGUACGAGAGCGCGUGCGGGACGGACCCGAACGACUUCUCCAGCCUCCACUGA